AUGGACUUCGACGAGUCAUCCUCCUCCAGCCUCACCCGCGAGUUCAUCGCUGUUGUCCUCGCAGGCUUCGGCCAUGAGUUGUCGCCGCUGACCAGCGAUCAGGGAGAAGAGCCUUCUCCGAAGGCCCUACUUCCCAUCGCAAAUAAGCCUAUGCUUGAGUACCCUCUCAGCUGGCUGGAAAAAUCAGGGGUAUCAGAUGUUCUUCUCAUAUGCCCGACCUCGCACCGCUCCGCGAUGUCCAACUACAUCCAGUCGGACGUCUCCUCCGUCUUUCCAACAUUGCGCAUCGACCUCCAGCCGUAUGAAGAGUCACGAGACAUGGCUGAUGGGACGUGCACGCUGCUCCGACACUUUUCUUCCCGCAUACAAUCCGACUUCAUCCUCCUUCCCUGCGACUUCGUCCCGCCACCUUCUCUGUCCUUGGCUCACCUUCUCAACAAAUUUAGAACGGAGACCACACACGAUGGUUCCAUUGCGACAGCGUGCUUUUACGAAGCACACAAACCAGACAAGGGUGUUACCAUGGAAGAAUGGGGCAUUCAGCCUACCAACCCGCCAAUAGUGUUCGAAGAGAAAAAGGGCACGCUAUUGUACGUCGAUACCGUUGACGACGCGGAUAAGAACGGGGAAGAUUUUGAGCUACGCAUGAGCCUACUCACGCAGCACCCAAGAACGAGGCUAUCUUCGAACUUCCGUGACUCCCACGUUUAUGUUUGCAAGCGGACUGUCCUGGACGCUCUUUCCCAGAAGGAACAUCUAGACUCUUUCCGGGAAGAGUUCAUCCCAUGGCUUUGCAAGCCCCAGUACCAACGCACGCGUCGCGAGAAAUACAGUAGCGUCCUUAGCCCAGUGACCAACAACAUCUCUUUGGGUCAAGCACUCAAGCACUCCACUCUGCACGCCCCGUCACACACCGAUCGUCUCAGGCACUUCACCGAGGGCACUGAGACGGACGACGAGCACCUCCGCUCCGUGGUGCCGUCCCCCGUCGAGCAAGACGACGAAGACGCAGUACCCCCAAGCCUCCGCGUCGGCCUCGUCGCCCACCGCGCCUCCGCUGGCUUCGCCUCCCGCGCGAACAACCUCCACGCCUACCUCGAGCUCAACCGCUUCUUCCUCGGCCAGACGCCCUACAGCCUUCCGUCCGACCCCGAGAACCGGUCGCUCAUCGACCAAAAGGCGCAGAUUUCCGCUGACUCGGUGAUCGGCCGCUCCACGCGCGUCGAGGAGCGGGCGAGCAUCAAGCGCUCCGUCAUCGGCAAGCACUGUGUUAUCGGCAAGAUGACCAAGAUCGUGGGCUGCGUGCUCCUCGACCAUUGCGUGAUCGCCGACGGUGCGAAGCUGGAUGGGUGCAUCCUAGGGGCUGGGACCAAAGUUGGGACGAAGGCGGACCUGUCUCGUUGCGUCACCCAGCCGGGGUACGAUGUCCCCGCAGGUGAGAGCCUCAAACACGAGAAGCUCGAAGUCUCUGAUUGGACCGCACACGAAACGUCCGCGUCGGAAGACCAAGAUUCCGACGACGACGAAGACGACGAGUCGACCGAGGAGGAGAGCGACUGA